UCCAAAAACCAAGUGCGAAUAAAUACUAAGUAAAUACUAACUAGUAAUGUUUUUGCCAAAUGCAAUUAAAUGAUUUUUACCAGUGUAUCAAAUUAAAUCAAAUUAAAUACAAACGAUCAAUGGAUUAAGAGAGGCUCUAACCUAAAAGUUUAGCUAGUGUUUGUAGUGCUCAGUGUCUUGUGCUUCGAAGGAUAAAAUAAAUAUCUAGAUCUAGAGAAUGGAGCACGAUAGCUUCGAUGAUCCCAUUUUCGGGGAGUUUGGCGGCGGUCCCCUCAAUCCGUUGGGCGCCAAACCUCUAAUGCCCACCUCAACUGCCAUGCAUCCCGUGAUGCUGGGCAGUGUCCACGAAUUGUGCAGCCAGCAGCAGCAGCAGCGACUGCCCGAUUGCAACACCAUCCUGCCGAAUGGAGGAGGCGGCGGAGGAGGAUCAGCCGCCGGAGGAUCCCCCAACUAUGUGACCAAGCUGGAUUUUGUGAACAAGAUUGGCUGCUACUCGCCGAGCCAGAAGUACGAGUACAUCAGUGCACCGCAAAAGUUGGUGGAACAGCAGCAACACCACCAGCACCAUCAGCACUACACGGCCACCCCGCCGCCCAGUCACAAUGGCAUCCUGCUGCACAAGCAAUCCUCGCAGCAGCAGCAGCAGCAGCUGGUGGGCAUCCUGGAUUAUCAUGCUCUCAAUGGCAAACUGGAGUACUCCUCCUCGCCCAAGGAUCACUACGAACCGCAGCAGCAGCAACAGCAAUUGCAGCAUCUCUACGGCGGCAGUCCGCAUCAUUUGGAUCAUCUGGAUCACGGGAGCGAUGGUCUGCUGCAGGACUCUUCGCCGGUGAUGAUCAAUGGAGGAUCUGCGGGUGGAAAACUCAAGAAACCCGAUGAGAUGUGCUCACAAAUGGAGGCUGGCGUUACUCCGCCAACGAGUUCCUCGUCGGUGGUGGUCAACGGUGUGGCAGGAACGACCAAUGGCACAGCCAACUCGACCACUUCCUCCGGCGCUCCGGCAAUCCCAGCGGGAGGCGUGGCAGCUCCUGCCCCCAAAAAGGAUGGGAACAGCAGCAAGAAGAAGGGCGAUCCCAAUGGCAUCAAAAAGAAGAAAACGAGAACCACCUUUACUGCCUACCAGUUGGAGGAGUUGGAGCGUGCCUUCGAGCGUGCUCCGUAUCCGGAUGUCUUUGCUCGCGAGGAGCUGGCCAUCAAGCUGAAUUUGAGUGAAUCUCGGGUGCAGGUGUGGUUCCAGAACCGCCGGGCCAAGUGGCGCAAGCACGAGCCGCCGCGCAAGACGGGCUACAUCAAGACGAGCACUCCGCCGACGGCGACCCUCAAUCCCGGAACCCUGGCCCCGCCGUUCACCAGCUAUCCGCAGACGACGACGGUCACGCCGCCGGGCAGCAUGGACAGCUGGACGAGCUACCAGACGCCCUACGAGCUGACGCCCCAGUUCAGCCUGCUCUCGCCGGCGGCCAGUCCGUAUGGCACCUAUUCCGGCCAGUAUGGCGCCUAUGUCCACGAAAGCCAGCUGUUCCCGAUGCGCCACUACGAGUACGGAAGUCCCACGCGCAUGGAAAUGGGUGGCACUUCAGGAACGGUGACCGGAAAUGGCGAGGAGGCGGUGGCGGUGGCCAAUGGCGGAAGCUAUCAGCCGGCGGAGCUGCAGACGGCACAACAGCAGCAGCAGCAGCUGCCCGACGGCACUUUGGUCACCGUCCAUGCCCACCAACAGCAGCAACAGCAACUCAAUGGCAAGUACCUGAGCGCCGAGGAGGCCAAAUAUGUGCAUCUGCAGUGCCAUCAAAGCGGUGCCGGCUUGGAGCUGAGUCCCGGAGCCAGCUGUCACCUGGUGGAGACCCAGGGUCAGCACUACGUGACCACGGCUGCGGGAGGAGGAGCUGCUUCCGGUGGCGGCACCAGCAGCGAUGACAACGAUAGCGGCGGCAUGCAGACUGUGAUCAAGAGCGAGGAGGCUGCCCAGCAGCAGCAGCAGCAGCAGGCUCAGAGCUACGUCCUGCCGCCUUUUUUGCACUAAGAGAAAUGCUCACACACCGGCGACAGCAGCAACAACAUCAGCGACGCUGGGCCACGCCCCCCAGCCUGCCGAGCAUCCGCUUCCGGCGGCCAU